AGUUGUUGUGGCACCCACAGACAGCGCAAUUGAUGCCAAACAUGUUAAAAUCGCUUAAAAGAACAGUUAAAAGUAGCUACAGUAUCGAGAGGACUCGAUGUUGCUGUAGUGCGAAGAAGGUCUUCUUCUUCUUUUUGUUUAAUGGCAGUUGGCACGCAACUUUUAGGUGCAUUACCGCCACCUAACGAAGACGGUCAACCGGAAGUCGCUCUCACAAAUGGCGCCGCCCUGCCUCACUUCCUGAAUAAGGUGAAAACAGUUGUACCACGUGGAGAAUGCAUUACGUACGAGAGCGCAGAACGCACAGAUAGGGUGGAGGAUUUGGACCGUUUAUCGUGUUUUUUGCAGUCAAAAUGAAGAGAAACAAGCGGCACACAACUGAACAAGCACUUGAGAUAAUUCUCAGUGAUAGUGGGACAAAAGUCAUCUUAGAAGAUUCGUCUUCUGAAGACGACAUUGAGCCACAGCUGAAUAUUAGUGAUAGUGACUGUGACUAUCAGUUACCACCGGAAGAAAGUGAUGAGGAAGAUGAGCCAAGGCCCUCAACGUGGACCCAACCCCCAUCUAGUAGGCUCUCUCGCUGUGCAUCAGCUCUGCCUCCGCCUCCCCCACAGCCAGAGCAAUUCUCACCUUGUGCACAACAAAAGCCCAGGUUAGCUCCAGCCAAGCGUCGCAUAAAUGACCCUGCAGCCACUGAAGGAGAAAGGUGGCACAAUAGAGAGGAAAAAGACAGAAAACCAGAUCCUCUCAAAUUUACACCUGCCCGGGAACCUGGCCCCACAUUUGACAGAACAGCAGCAUGGACCCCUCUUUUACUUUUCCAGCUGUUUUUCAGUGCAUCAGUCAUAAGGACAAUUAUUGACAACACAAAUGCCAAUGCUGCCAAAAGGAUUGAGGCAGGGCUCAAGUUUCAGUGGGCACCUCUAACUGUGAGAGACUUUUAUAUUUUUCUUUCAAUUAUUGUUUUCUCUGGCCUUGUCCAAGUACAUAACAGAGGGGAUUACUGGAGGAGAAAGUGGCCUUACAACUUUGCCUUCCCCCGGGAGAACAUGUCCCGGGACCGGUUUGAGGCCAUCCUGUGGUCAUUGCACCUCAGUAGUCGUGAGGAUGAUGAGGAGAAUGACCGGAAAAGACAGACUGCCAAUUACGAUCGUCUCUGCAAAAUCAAACCAUUAUACACAGACAUAGUGGCUGCCUGUAUGGCUCAUUUUCAGCCAUAUAGAAACAUCUGUAUAGAUGAGCGGAUGGUAGCAUCUAAAGCCAGAACAAGUAUGAAACAGUACAUGAAAGACAAGCCCACAAAGUGGGGGUAUAAACUCUUUGUCCUUGCAGACUCUGCUACUGGAUAUACAUGGAACUUUUCAGUGUAUUCAGGGAAAACUGACAAACCCGAAGGCAGCACAGGUGGUCAUGGUCUCAGCUACAGUUCAGUCGUGGAUCUUUUGCCAUUUUCUGUUCUUGGUUCAGGCUACACCCUGUUCGUGGACAAUUUUUACACCAGCCCUGCUCUCUUUCAGGACCUUUACAGGAAGAACAUUGCCUGCUGUGGGACUAUUCGAAAAAACCAUGUUGGUUUUCCAAAUACAGUUUCCAACAGCUUUUCAAAAAAAACAGACAGGGGAGACAUACACUGGAUUAGGCAGGAUCCUUUACUUUUUGUCAAGUGGAUGGACACACGGGAGGUGACAGUGUGUUCAACUUUGCAUGAAGCCUUCAGUGGGAAGACUGUAAAGCGUAAGGUGAAGGAGGCUGGGGUGUGGCAGACAAAAUCAAUCCCUGUCCCAGAUUCCAUUUUGGACUAUAAUAAUAACAUGGGUGGCGUAGAUCUUUCUGAUGCUCUCAUUGGAUACUACAGUGUACACCACAAAAGCAUGAAGUGGUACAAGACGUUUUUCUACCACUUCUUGGACAUUGCUAUUGUGAACAGUUUUCUCCUGUACAAAGAGCUGUGCAAGACAAGGGCUGAUUUGACUGAAAAGAGCCAGAAAAUGUUCAGGGAGCAGCUUGCUGCUGAAAUGUUGUCUUUUGGAGUAGGCUCAGCACCCAAGCCAGCACCCAUGUUGACGUGCAUGCCAGCGUACUAUGGCACGGAUGCCACGCAAUCAAGGAGAUACUGUCGGAGAUGCCAGGACAGAGGCACUCCUAGGGUGAAAACCCCAGUAUAUUGUAGAAAAUGCAAUGUACCCCUGUGCCUCACAGCAAAAAAAAACUGCUUUGCACAGUGGCAUGAUGGCCAGUGAUUCAUCUUGCAUGAUGAUUCUGUAAAUAUUGUAAAUAUUUUUUUGUUGAUUGGUUGAAGUUGUUGUUUUUUUUUUGUUUUUUUUUUUUGUUUUUUUUUAAUUUUUCUAUUUCUGGAUUGCAUUCUGUUAUUGUUACUACUGUUAUUGCUAUUGUGUAGAAUAAAUCUGCUCCUUUUGGAUGCAAACGUAA